CGACAACCGGCCCGGCUCGGCGGCGGGAAUGUAGCUUGAAAGUGCUUGGGCCCAGUACCCCGGGAUCCGCGGAUUCGCUGUCGCCUGUGAGUGGAGGUCAAGAAGUGUCAUUUGGCUAAUAUCGGUGUGUUUCCAUCUCCCUCCUUGAACCUUACAUGAAAAACCAGAGAAGUGGACAACCAAAGAAAAAGGUCUGCAAGUACCUCCCUCCUCCUGGAUCCUAAAAAGGAAGCAACGGGAAUUUCUACUCUACUUACUGUAACUGGCAGAGAAUUAUGAACAGAUGGUGGACAUUCCCCGAGGCUGUGGCACAGUCCUCAGCAGAGAAAUGAGAAAAAUACCAAAUAAUGGGAACCUGAAGAUGAUGAAGGCGGCAUACCCCCUGGGACUGUUCGUGUGCCUGUUCAUCUAUAUUGCCUAUAUCAAGUGGCACUGGGUCUCCACCACUCAGGCCUUCUUCAGCAUCACUGAGGCAUCUGCAGGGGACCACAGGAGCCAGCAGACCCGAAAUCCCCUGGGGAUGACUACACAUGGUCAAAAGAUCUUCUAUGGCAUCAUGUUUGAUGCAGGAAGCACUGGCACCCGCAUGCAUAUCUUUCAAUUCACCUGGCAGCCUGGAGGUACUCCCACAUUGACCCAUGAAACCUUCAAAGCACUGCAGCCAGGUCUUUCUGCUUAUGCUGAUGACAUUGAAAAGAGCACUACAGGUAUUCAAGAAUUACUGGAUGUUGCUAAACAAGAGAUUCCUUUUGACUUCUGGAAGACUACCCGCUUAGUCCUCAAGGCCACAGCUGGUUUACGUCUGUUACCAGGAGAAAAGGCUCAGAAUUUACUACAAAAGGUGCAAGAUGUGUUUAAGGCAUCACCUUUCCUUGUAGGGGAUGACUGUGUUUCCAUCAUGAACGGAACAGAUGAAGGCAUUUCAGCCUGGAUCACCAUCAACUUUCUAACAGGCAGUUUGAAAUCCCCAGGAAGCAGCAGUGUGGGCAUGCUGGAUUUGGGCGGAGGGUCUACUCAGAUCACCUUCCUUCCAAGAGUCGAGGACACCCUUCAGACCUCUCCACCUGGCUACCUGACAUCACUGCAGAUUUUUAAUAGGACCUACAAGCUGUAUUCCUACAGCUACCUGGGGCUUGGAUUGAUGUCAGCACGGCUGGCGAUUCUGGGCGGUGCAGAGGGGAAGCCUGUUGAGGAUGGAAAGGAGUUGGUCAGCCCUUGUUUGUCUCCCAGUUUCAAAGGAGAGUGGGAACAUGCUGAAAUAACAUACAGAAUUUCAGGGCUGGAGGCAGCAGAGAACCUGCACCAGCUGUGUGCCCAUAGAGUAUCGGAGGUCCUCCAGAACAAAGUGCACAGCACAGAGGAAGUGAAGGAUGUGGAGUUUUAUGCUUUUUCCUACUAUUAUGACCUCGCAGUAAAUGUUGGCCUCAUAGAUGCGGAGAAAGGAGGCAGCCUAGUCGUCGGAGACUUUGAGAUUGCAGCCAAGUACGUGUGCCGGACAGCAGAGACACAACCACAGAGCAACCCCUUCACAUGCAUGGAUCUCACCUACAUCAGCUUGUUGCUUCAAGAGUUUGGCUUCCCGGGAAACAAAGUGCUAAAGCUGACUCAGAAAAUCAACAAUGUUGAGACCAGCUGGGCUCUGGGAGCCAUUUUGCAUUAUAUUGAUUCUCUGAGUGGACAGAAGAGUAGGACCUCGUAGUGGCUGAGCUGCCCAGGGUCCUCACAGCAGUGGCUCUGUCUCUGCAAGAACAGACCCUUUGGAAUCCUUUGACGUGUUGGGAGGAGGCCACAGCUCAGGCUGAGACUCCUCCUCUCUACAGCCUUGCAGACCUGCCCCUGGAGGGACAGAGGACUGGAACUUAGUCCAGGCCGAACACUUCCUUCGAACUGCCUCAGCUCCAGGUGGGCAGUGAAUCAGACAGAGAAAGGGUACCUGCCAAGACCAGGAUGAUGUAGUUGCACUAUAACCACUGCCCAAUCUGUAGGGUUUAGCAGCUGUGAUAUUUAUCCCUGUGACUGGAGUCUUGUUUUAUGUACCUGCCCCUAUCUACCCCCACUUCCCCAAGGCAGACCUCCACUUUCUCCCCCAGAAUUAGUGGGGAGGUUGUGCAGGUUGUCUUGGUAGCUCUCAAGCCAAGUUGGAACCAUCAUGCCCUCUGAGACAGAGACUGUGGGUUGGGCAGGACACUGUGAACUCUGGACUUAAACAUGUUUGUUCCUCCUUGGGUGUGGACAUGUGAAGUCAUACAGAGGCCUCUUUCCUUAGUCCUUGGAUGGCUUAUGGUUAACCGAUAGAGUUGACAUUAUGAAUAGAUGGAGGGGCUAGGGGAAGUACCUCUUCAUGGCCCUCAUGUGCCCCAGCUCUUCAAGGAAGGCUGAAUAUGAGCGUGAACUGCAGUAAAAAUAUUUGUGGCUAUGCUGUGUGAGUCAUGUGUCUGUUGUGGAGUGCUGAGCGCUUAUGUGGCCACUGUGUUCCGAGCCCCAGUGAAUGUUGCUGUCAUGAACCAUGUACAGCCAAACAGUGUGAGGAGACACAAGCCCCCGUGAGUCAUUCAGCUCUGCAGUCUCCAGAACUGCCCUCUUGAAACUGUUCUCUUGUGGCUCUUCCUUCUCAAGCUCCACAGGACACUGACUCAGCCUUCUAGUGUCUGCAGUGCAAGUGUGAUCCCAGGUUCACAGUUGUUCUCUGGUGAAUGUAGUGUACACGAGAUAACCGAAUCUCUUGUGUUCCACUCAUAAUAAAGGUUUAGCAAUUACCAAGAGUUACUGCUCCUCUGUGAUUCCUCUCGGUGAAUAUCAGCAACAGUCACUCCUAACACCGGCAGAAGGACCUAAAAGGUAACGAUCAGUAAGUGAGGUGAUAAAGGGCCCCACUCAGCUCUACAUCUGGAGGCUUUCAAACCCCAAACUAUGUGCCACAUUGCCUCCAAAGUUAGUGUGUCUCCAGACAAAUUUUUCCUCCUCACAUCAGACCUUUAAACACAGCUGUUUAUCAAAAGCAGUUCUCUCCACUAAAGAAUCAUC